AUGGCGCCAAAAGUGUUGCCCCAAAUCGUCCUCAGCGACUGCGCGCGAAAACCCCAACCGUCCCGCCAUUUUCUUUCGUUUAUCUCCCAUCUUCCUCCCUCAUUUCCAUUCCAACUCCUCUUCACCCUCAACCAAUCCCUCCUCUAAUUUGCUCCCUUAUGGAUUUCCACAACAUUGCCAGGAAGCUCGAUCUUGCCGAUUCCGAAUCCCUCAUCCGAAAAGCUGGGGAGCUUCGUCGACUCUCCGAUCUCCAUUUCAAUUCUUCCCUUAUUGGCAUUGGUGAGGUUUGCAAGGCCGUCAUCUGUUUGGAAAUUGCCGCUACCAGAUUAGGGGUUUUGUUUGAUAGAUCCAGUGCAAUCAAGUUAGCUGGGAUGUCGGAAAAAGCGUACACCAGAUCUUUCAAUUUGUUGCAGAAUGGUCUUGGUUUCAAAAGUAGGCUCGACAUCAGAGAAUUGGCAGUACAGUUUGGGUGUGUUAGGCUUGUUGCUUCAGUCCAAAAGGGCUUAUCUCUAUACAAGGAUCGCUUUGUUGCAUCACUUCCAGCUUCUCGACGUGUUAGUGCUGACUUCUCUCGACCAGUAUUUACAGCUGUAGCUUUUUACUUGUGUGCAAAAAAGAACAAGCUAAAGGUUGACAAAGUUAAGCUCAUUGAACUCAGUGGAACAUCUGAAUCUGAAUUUUCAUGUGUUGCCACUUCUAUGAAGGACUUGUGCUUUGAUGUGUUUGGGAUUUCUAGUGUAAAGAAAGAUCCCAGGGAUGCCAAAGGGAACAGAGACUUGUUAGAUGCAUUGCCAGAGAAAAGAAAACGCGAGGAUGGCGGCUAUUUAUCUGAUGAUUGCGAAGAGUUUCCAAGAUCAAAACGAUGCAAGCCAACGGCUGAACAGACCUAUAAUCAGUGGAAAUCCUCUGUCAUUGCUUCCAAUAACUUGACCAAGACAAAAGUUCUUGGCAAGCGAACAAGGCAAACUUCCAUCCACUUUUUUAAGGAAAUUAAAGAAACAGAUGUUAAAUAGGGAGAUGAUCAAAUCUUUGUGUGCCACAGUACUAAUUGAUUUGCUUACCCAGAGUUGAGCAUUUGAGCUUCAGCAUCAGGAAGAUAACAUUUAUGAUGUUUAUUUUAUACAAAUAAAUAAAUUUUUAUACUUCCAAACCAGGUUAUAGCAAUUGUAAUUAGUAAUUCUAUUCAUUUUUGAAACAGUUACUGAAGAUGUUGAUUCAUUUUUUAAUAUUGAUGUCCAAUCCUCUAUUGUAUAGGUA